AAUUAUUAUCAUAAUAAUUACAUUAUUUCUUUAUCAACAAAAUACCGAUAAACUUAUGUGCACUUUGCACUCGUCUAAUGAUACUUUCCUUCAAACUUGACAAUCUCUAUCGGCCUUGGUGUAGUUAGUCAGCGAAUAAUUGGAAUUCACAUUUGAGGUUAUAAAGCAUUAUAUUUAUGUCUUGUUACAAGUCUUUUUAAACGUUUAAAAAACAAUAGAAAUCACGUUAUGACUGUUUUACAUAGUAUUCGACGAGAAGUAAGACUUUGAUUAAAUGUUAUAGGAUUAAUUGUUUGUUUGAAAAAUCAAUCUAAGUCAUCAAUGCAAUGCUCCAGCGCCAGAAGAGAAUCAAGUUUCAUUCCUCAACGAAUUUUAAUUGUUUCCAAGGUAUCACAACUUCAAUUUGAACGACUUCGUGAACCUGAUCUUGAUGAAGUUCAAUUUAAAUCCAGGCUGAUUAGGAGAGGUUCUGAUUAUGAUACUAUGCUAGCUAAUCAUGAGAAAAAUAAAGCAGUGGAGAUUCAGCUGAUUGAUACAUUAAAAAAUAUUAAUAUUGAUUAUAAAAUCACUAAUAGGUUGACUAUUGAUCAGUCCCAGUUUGAUUGGGCAGAUCUUGUAAUAGCAGUUGGAGGUGAUGGAACAUUUCUACUAGCAGCCAAUCUUAUUUUUGAUAAUAAGAAGCCAAUUAUUGGAAUAAACUCAGAUCCAGAUUCAUCAGAAGGUCAUCUAAUGCUACAAAGACGUUAUACGAAUGAUGUUAAAGGUAUUUUCGAGAGACUUCGUGAUGGGCAUUAUGAAUAUGUCAUGAGAACUAGGAUUAGGGUAACUGUGCAGGGAGAAAGUAUUUGCCAACCACCUUUUCAUAUGCAUGAUAAAAGUAGGAUCGCUGGCUUGGAGAUGUAUCAAUUUUUAUCAAAUGCUCUAGAGAGUAAGGAAAUAAAUAAUCAAAAAAAGCUGCCUUGGUUGGCAUUAAAUGAAGUAUUCAUUGGAGAAUCUUUAUCAGCAAAAACCAGUUCUCUAGAGCUUCGAGUUAAUGAUGAACCGAAUUAUCACAAAUUAAAAUGCUCAGGGAUUUGUGUGAGCACAGGAACAGGUUCCAGUUCAUGGUACAAAGCAAUUAAUAGUGUAACACCUCAUCUUAUUAAGAGAGUUCUAGAUGUUUCUAUACCAAAGAAUAAAUUUAGUGAGCAAGAAAUCGAGAGAAUCUGUGAUGAUUGUAAUAAAAAUAUUCAAUUUUCUCCAGAUGAUGGAAAAAUGAGUUAUGUAAUAAGAGAUAUAAUUCUCAAUGACAUUUGGAAAUUACCAAAAACAUUAAAAACUCGAGCUUAUUGUAAUAAAUUAACCAUCAGAUCUCAUUGCUAUGAUGGAGGAUUAGUAUUUGAUGGUGGUGUUGGUGUUCCUUUUAAUAUAGGAACUAUCGCGACGUUAGAAACAAGUGACACUGACGCUUUGAGAACAAUUAAACUGCCAGAUUAAUUACAUAAUUAUUUUUUUUACUUGAUAAUAAAUAUUUUUAAUCAGAAUAAUUAAUAAUUACUGGUUAUUUGUAAGUAGUAAUAGCUCACUUAUUUCGAAAAAAAAUGUUUUUAUAAAGAAGUUUUUUUUCUAUACGUAUUUUUGUAAUGAAAAAAAAAUAAGUAAUGUGAGGAAGACAUUUCGAAGAAAGAUUUAAGAAUACAACGAUAAAAAAUUAAAAGGAAACGUGAUUUAUCGUUAUAUCUGCUAUCAGUUGGACUAGUAAGCAGGGCAUAAGCUGAAGUAUUAAAAUGAUUUAGUGGACAAUGUGAUUUUGUAUAUACAAGUUAUGAUAAAUAAAUUAAAUUAAAUAGUAAAAUAUGUUGGUAUAAGACAUUGUGAACGAAUUUUGUGAAAAAUAAACCAAAAAAUAGUCUGUGAA